UAACCAAGAGGGAGAGAGAGAGUGAGUUGGAAGGUGAAUGGAGAGGGCAGGCUCACAUCUGCAACUCUGCAGCCUCCUCAAACCCACCUCCUCCAACCCUGUGCUUUGCACAACCCUGACCAUGGGACACCAGACAGAGUGAGUAAGGGGGAUUUUAUUCAAUAAGACUCCAGCUCCGUGCACAUCAAAUUCUGGUGCUAAACUGGAGCUUGGUACUUCAGGAACAUGGGUCGCAAAAUGAGAUCCAUGCAUUUUGUGUUUUGGUGUCUUUACUUCAUGCUCCUUCACUUGUUUUGCACAGCACAAGAUGAGGACAUGAGAUUAAGUUGUAGGACAGCGCCAAGUGAUUUAGUAUUCAUACUCGAUGGAUCAUGGAGUGUGGAUGACAUAAACUUUGAGAUUGUCAAACGGUGGCUGAUGAAUAUCACCAUGAGCUUCAACAUCGGUCAGAAGUUCACCCAGGUUGGGGUGGUGCAAUACAGCGACGACCCCUUCUUACAUAUACCCCUGGGAAAACAUUUCUCAAGCAAUAACCUCAUCAAGGCCAUGGAGUCCAUAGAAUACAUGGGUGGAAACACAAACACAGGGAAGGCUAUCAAGUUUGCCAAUGACAAACUCUUUGCCCUGUCCGAGCGAGGUCCGAAUGGCAUUGCAAAAAUUGCUGUGGUUCUGACGGAUGGGAAGUCACAAGAUGAAGUGCUGGCAGCUGCAGAAGCUGCAAGGAAAAAGGGGAUAAUUCUCUUUGCAAUUGGCGUUGGGUCUGAGACCGAGGACGCAGAGCUCAGGGCCAUUGCCAACAAACCAUCCUCAGCCUAUGUUUUUUCAGUGGAAGACUAUAAAGCUAUCUCAAAGAUCCGUGAAAUUAUUAGGCAGAAGCUGUGCGAAGAGACUGUAUGUCCAGCAAAGAUUCCAUUUAAUUCUCGAGAUGCAAAAGGAUUUGACAUUCUCCUCCAUCUCAACUUGGCUAAAAAAGCCAAAAAGACACAAGGAUCAUUUUAUGGCAGCAAAGCCUACCAGGUGACAUCCCGAGUUGACCUGAGUGAGAGCACUAGGAUGUUAUUUCCAGGCGGACUUCCACCAUCCUAUGUUUUUGUGGCCACGCUGAAGUACAAAGGCUCUGUGGUUAUGGAGGACUGGGAUCUGUGGCGUAUACAGACUAAGGAUGAAAAGCCUCAAAUGGCUGUUACUCUAAAUGGUCUGGACAGAACAGUGAUAUUCACCACCACCACCAGCAGUACACCAAGCGGAACUCAAACUGUGGUCUUCACAAAAACACCUGCUAAGAAACUAUUUGAUGAAAAAUGGCAUCAGUUGCGUCUUCUAGUAACAGAGGAAGACGUCACUCUGUACGUCGAUGAUCUGGAAAUUGAAACCUUGGCACUAGAGCCUCCUGAUGGUAUUUUUAUUAACGGAAAAACACAGGUUGGGAAGUACGUCAGCAAAGAAACAACUGUACCUUUUGAAAUUCAAAAACUCAGAAUCUACUGUGACCCUGAGCAGAAUAACAGGGAAACGGCCUGUGAAAUACCUGGAGUUUGUGAUAAUGUACCAGGUGACAUUGAUCCAACCCCAGAGCCCUGCAUCUGUCCACCUGGGCCGCCAGGUACCCCAGGAAUGAAGGGAGAACAGGGCAUAAUAGGAGAUCCGGGUCAAACUGGUCCAGCUGGUGCUGAUGGUAAGCCUGGUGUCCCAGGUUCUAGAGGAAGUCCUGGCAUUCAAGGUUCUCCCGGCAUGGAGGGCCCUCAUGGAGCUGAUGGUUAUAAGGGAGAAAAGGGAAGUCCUGGGGAAGCAGGUGAGAGCGGUAUUCCAGGUUUAGCCGGGCCACCUGGCAAACCAGGUGAAAAGGGAUCUUCUGGUACUCAAGGCAUACAAGGACCAUCAGGCAAAGAUGGGCAAGUGGGAGAAAAGGGGAGUAGAGGCCCUUCUGGUCCACUUGGAUAUCCAGGAGAGCCUGGGGCACCUGGCAGGGAUGGAAAAGACGGAAUUCCAGGAGGAAUUGGUCUAAAGGGAGAUCCAGGACCGCCUGGAAUUCCUGGAGUGGAUGGAAGAGAGGGACAUCCUGGCAUGCCUGGUAUACCUGGAAAUGAUGGUCAGAUGGGAAUUAAGGGUGAAGAUGGCCUGCCAGGACCAAAAGGAGCCAAAGGUAUACCUGGAGACUCUGGCGAGAUGGGAUUGCCUGGAAUGCCUGGUUCAAGUGGACAACCUGGCCCUAAGGGCACUAAAGGGGGAAGUGGAGGGCCCGGUCAACCAGGACCUCCAGGGCACGAGGGUAAGCCUGGAGAACCCGGGACCGCUGGCCAGCCAGGACAUCCAGGAAUGCCAGGAUCACAGGGACAGAAGGGUCAAAGAGGAGAUGCUGGUGAAAGAGGAGCUGAUGGGAUGAAAGGUGAAAGAGGAGACUCUGGGAGACCUGGUGUUCUUGGUUUGACUGGGCCAGCUGGGCAGAAAGGAGAGAAAGGGCCAGUAGGAGAGCCCGGUCAGAGGGGCCCGAACGGCCACCAGGGGCCCCCGGGACAGCGAGGACAGACGGGACCCUCGGGGCCCAGGGGACAGAGUGGAGAAACCGGCCCCGCGGGAACACCUGGACCUGAGGGACGACCUGGCAGAGAGUUUUCCGAGCAACACAUUCAGCAGAUUUGCAGAGACAUCCUUCGAUCGGAGAUUCCUGGUCUUCUGUUGAGUAGCCAGCACAAUCACCACAGAAGCUGUGAGCACUGCUACACACGCGUGGGACCCCCGGGGCCUCCGGGGCCACCGGGCCCUCAUGGCUCUCGAGGAUUCCCAGGUUUAUCUGGCUCUAACGGGCUGCAAGGGCAGCGGGGUUUACCUGGGCGGCCUGGUGUUCCUGGCAUGCAAGGUGAUCCAGGAGAAAAGGGUGAUAAAGGAAAUCAAGGACGAUCACAAAUUGGAGACCCAGGUCUCCCAGGACCACCAGGUCCGAUGGGUCCGUCAGGAGUGGGGAAACCGGGACAGGCAGGGAAACCGGGGUCACCGGGUCACAGCGGAGAGGAGGGGAAGAGAGGACACCCCGGGGAGCCCGGCCAGCCCGGCGUGUGCCAUCCCAACAUGUGCUACGCUGCAAUGAUGAGAAGAGACCCUUACAGUAAAGGCCCAAACUAUUGAAAGAGGCAGACAGUCAGUGAAUGAGAGAAAACAGCCAAUCUUUCCAAUCUCAGGACGAUCAAGAGUGUCUCACACUCACGGACACAUGAAGUACCUCUUAAAGUGUAAAUAACACAUUAACACCAGCGAUUGUCCACAACUCCAUUCGACACUCGUCUUACUGUCAC